AAAACCCAAAAUGAGAAGUCUUGUUGUAAAUCUAAAAAUCUAACAUUUUUACAUUGCUUUGCAUGUUCUUCCAGAAAAACAGAUACUUGGAGCCUAAUCUGCAUUUACCACAUCCUGUGCAAAUAUUUUAGUUAGUUUAACAAUCCAAGAGUUAGAAUUAACUUAUACCAAUAUAAUUAAGUGUUACACCAAUUCUUAACCUGUCAGUAAAAAAAUUUCAAUAAUUGAUGAAACACCUGAAUUUUCAAAACAAUUAUUUAAAUUUUAACAUAUCUGGUUAAAAAUUGGUGUAAGAGUGUACUGUAAUCUCUACUUUUCUAUAAUAACGUCCAUUCGACUAAAUUGCAAGCAAAAUUCGACAGAUUGUACACAUAUAUGGCUGUAAGAAAACCCACGGAGCAAGACAAAAAAUGCAAGAAAAUAAAGUUUACCUGGUUAAAGCUUCUAUAUAUAUAUAUAUAUAUAUAUAUGGAUCUGAAGAACCAAAAAGCUAGGAGCAAGAGCAAGAAAAUCAUGGACGUGGCGUCGAUAAACUUCCCACUUUUAACAUUGCUUGCUCAAAUGAGCAUCUCAGAAACUGCAGAUGCACCGGCCGCACAACAACAGAGUAAAAAGGAAACGGAUGAGGGAUUUCAAAGGCAGUAGUUUUUGGCGCGGGACAACAGAUUUUGUAUUGAAGCAGUAAAAGCAAGGUGCAAAAAUAGUCGCACCCGACGAAAAAUUUAUAAAUACAGACUCAGGCAGGUGCAGCUCUGCUGGGAUUUGGAAUACUCAUUUGAGCAAGAAAAGUUACAAAGAGGA